GACAACUUGAAAAUUUAUUCCAGGAAUCUCAGCAACGACCAGAUGAGAAGAAAAGAUGACGAGGAUCGCCAUCAACUUAAUCGUCGGGGAGGAGAAGUAGCCAAAUCUGCCGACAACGACGAGAUCUGUGACAGUGACGAAGACGAAAUUCUUGCAGAGGAGGACCCAAGAGACCCCACGUAUGUUCCUCCAAAUAAUCGUAGUAGAUGA